AUGGCCAACGCAUCAACAUUGCCGUCGAAACGUAAGCGUACAACUCAGAAUACUGAUCCACUUCCUCCACCACCUCCGCCGCCAAUUGACGACAAUGUAGCAACAUUGCCAGAACACGUCUUCCCUGGUCCGCCCGACUCACCCCCACCCCCACCACCGCCAGAGACCGACACAGAGCUAGUGCAGAACAGCGAUAUCGUCCCGCCACCUCCACCGACCGCUCUACCUCCGCCUCCGCCACCAGUCGAUCAAGAAGAAGAAGAAGAAGAAGAACCUGACGUACAAGACGCCGAGUAUUGGACACGUCUAGCUCAAUCUUCCUUAUCCAAACCAUCCACCUCAACCGCACCUUCAGCCUCAUCACAAACAUCAGUAGCUGUAGCAAAGAAAUACAAAUCAGCCCUCUAUCUAGAUACGAUCAACCGAGCCGUCCUCGAUUUCGACUUUGAAAAACUCUGCUCCGUAUCCCUCUCCAACAUCAACGUCUACGCCUGUCUCGUUUGCGGUCGGUACUUUCAAGGACGAGGACGCAACUCUUACGCCUAUCUACACAGUAUAGAUGAUUCGCAUCAUGUGUUUAUGAACCUUGCCUCCGCCCAAACUUAUAUUUUGCCGGAUAACUACGCUGUGCUGGAGGAAAAUCAAGCAGCGCUGCAGGAUAUCAAGUAUCUUCUGAAUCCGACUUUUACCCCGCAGCUGAUAAGGGAGGUGGAUGAGAAGCAGGCGUAUUACGAAUUGAAGGGAGAGAAGUAUUGGCCUGGGUUCAUUGGGUUGAAUAAUGUAGGGAAGAAUGAUUAUGUGAAUGCAGUGGUGCAGGCGUUGGUGCAUGUGCCGGUGGUGAGGGAUUACUUUUUGGAGGAGAAGGAGAGGAAGGAUGGGAAGGGGGAGAGAAGUGAGUUGGUGAAAAGGUUCGGGGCGUUGGUGAGGAAGAUGUGGAAUCCGAGAGCGUUUAAGCCGCAAGUCUCACCGCAUGAGUUCUUGCAACAGGUAGCUCAGGUCUCAGGGAAUAGGUUCAAGAUUACACAUCAGUCGGAUCCGGUGGAGUUUCUUGGGUGGUUGCUGAACAGACUUCAUGCUGAUCUUACCUCGGCCCCGGCAGUAGCAGCGGGAAAGCCAGCGAAGAGAAAAAGAGUCGGUCCGGGAGGGGAAAGCAUCAUCAGCCGCUGCUUCCAAGGUACAGUCCAGGUCGAGUCUCAACCUCUCACUCGUCCUGCCGAAGAUGCCUAUCCCACAUCCACCUCCGCACAAGCGGAAAGAAUCCUCGACCAACCCCUUACCACCUCUGACGGACAAAUAGAUUCCGAAGGUCGAGCCCAAUUUGACCCAUCCCUUACCCUCAAUAAACGAGAUACACCCUUUUUCCUUCUCGCAAUGGACCUUCCCACCCCACCACCCGUUUUGGCACAAGACGAUUCGGAAACAGGUUCACGCUUGGUCCCUCAAGUAACCAUCGGUCAAGUUUUAGCCAAAUACGACGGUAAAAGUCUCCAUGAAUCGCAUGGCAAACUCACGCGGUAUCAUUUGCGCAGACUGCCACCCUACCUGAUCAUCCAUUUCCGCAGGUUCACAAAGAACAGCUUGGGUCAGGAAGAACGAAACCCGACCCUAGUCAACUUUCCAAUCAAAAGUCUAGACGUGGGCAAACACGUUCCCCUUCUCCCCAAUCUCACUUCCAACGGGGCUAAGAAGGAUGAAAGCGACAGAAAGUUAAACGAGGUGUACGAUCUAGUCGCAAACGUAGUCUACGACGCAGUACCAGGCACAGUUCGUCAAGGGGCAAGCUGGAAGACUCAAGUUCACACUAAUUCUAAACCUCCCAAGGAAGAGAAAUGGUUCUCAAUCCAAGACUUACUCGUAGAAGAAGUGAACAAACAGAUGAUAUUUUUGGGAGAAAGCUACUUGCAGAUCUGGCAAAAACGUUCAUCUCCUUAG